AUGGCGACCGCAGCGUCUAACCACUACAGCCUGCUCACUUCCAGCGCCUCCAUCGUGCACGCCGAGCCGCCGGUUCGCCAAGCAGUUCAAGCAGCGGAGGAUCAAACUGGGAUUUACCCAAGCGGACGUGGGGCUGGCGCUGGGCACCCUCCGCCGCCCCCGCAGGGCCCGCCAGGCCACCCCGGCGCCCACCACGACCCUCACUCGGACGAGGACACGCCGACCUCGGAUGACCUGGAGCAGUUCGCCAAGCAGUUCAAGCAGCGGAGGAUCAAACUGGGAUUUACCCAAGCGGACGUGGGGCUGGCGCUGGGCACCCUGUACGGCAACGUGUUCUCGCAGACCACCAUCUGCAGGUUCGAGGCCCUGCAGCUGAGCUUCAAGAACAUGUGCAAGCUGAAGCCUUUGUUGAACAAGUGGUUGGAGGAGGCGGACUCGUCCUCGGGCAGCCCCACCAGCAUAGACAAGAUCGCAGCGCAGGGGCGCAAGAGGAAAAAGCGGACCUCCAUCGAGGUGAGCGUCAAGGGGGCUCUGGAGAGCCAUUUCCUCAAAUGCCCCAAGCCCUCGGCCCAGGAGAUCACCUCCCUCGCGGACAGCUUACAGCUGGAGAAGGAGGUGGUGAGAGUUUGGUUUUGUAACAGGAGACAGAAAGAGAAAAGGAUGACCCCUCCCGGAGGGACUCUGCCGGGCGCCGAGGAUGUGUACGGGGGGAGUAGGGACACGCCACCACACCAUGGGGUGCAGACGCCCGUCCAGUGAACUCGAGCGGGGGAGGGGCAGAGCGUGGGGCUCCCCCUCCCCUUCGGCCCACCGCCCUUUCCUGGCCCCCUUGUUCCCUCUCUAACUUCUGAUUGUUCUUUUAUUUUUAAUUAUUAUUUCCCCGUCCCUUAAGAAGAAAAAAAAAUAAGGAAAGCAACGAAGGCACUGGGUUAUCCAAACGGUAGCAGGUGUAAUGAUGUGUUUUGACCUUUACAGGCUAGUACCCAGGCAAUGGAGUGUCUCACAGAGUAAGGAGAGAGAGAGAGAGAGAGAGAGAGAGAGAGAGAGAGAGAGAGAGAGAGAGAAAUACCGGGCAAAACUAAAUAAAUUACCAAAAACAAAAAUCUACCAAGCCGUGAUAAAUACAAAACACAGCUUCCUAAUGCCGGGAGUUGGCACAUGCUGCUGUGUUUAUUUAAUGUGGAUCCCCAUCAGGAAAGAGGAAAAAAUACACAUGUUCUUUGACGUAGGCAAAAUCUAACCACAUAAAUUUGCACUGCAAGAAAAUUGAAGUUUACAUGAACAAAUGCAUGAACACAUUUUUCUUUCUUCCACCGUUAAUUUUGAAAUUGCCGCGGUUUGUGUUUUGUUUUGUUUAUUCAGAGGAAAGAGUUGACGCCAGCUCCUCUUGGCCACUCUCCAUUUCUAACGUUCCCUGUAGCCACUUGUUCUUACUGUUCGUGAACUUUGGUUACCUUCAGAUCCCCUCUCCUCCCUUCCAUUGGUGUAACUUUUAUUUGUUUCUUUUACCAAAGCAAAAAAACGAUUGGCUUCAUUCAAAAUAAAUAAUUCUCUGCUUUCAGGAAACGUGCAUGGUCUACCCUCUUUAACAAGGCAAAAAUCCAGUUUGGAAUACAAAAAUGAGAGCCAAACAUUGGGGUUUUUUUGUUAUCAACCACAAAGUAAACUUCGUUUUCAGGCAGUGUUUCUGGGGGAGGUUGCAGAGGGGAGAAGAAGAAAAAUUGAUAGUGAGUGACCGAUUGCUUCAUUUUACCAAGCGGGCCCAUUGUGAUAGCGCUCAGAGGAUAUGUGGAGGUUAAGUACAUUUUCAACAGAAAGAAAGUGGCACUUUGAAGAGAACUAGGGAAAUAUAUAUCUCCAGACACCCCCUGUAUAGUUCUCUGCCUUCAGUUUUAAUAACUUCAUUUAGAAGGAAUUAUUUGUGCUGACAGUAGCAGUUAAACUUUGUUCCUUUAAUAGCUUUAAAAAAACAUAAAGAAAAUAAUCUGGGAACUUCAUGGUGUAUGCCUCGACUGUGUUUCUUAGCACACAAAUACCCACAUGCAUACAGAGAACAGUGUUUCCACUCUAGACUGGUUUCGUUUUCACUAGCUCAUUUGUAUAUCAAAUUAUAUUUAAGGUCGCAUACCUUCUUCUCCUGUAAUUCAUUACAGAAAAUACCAGUUUGACUUGGACAGCUUCACCCACCCUCUCUUUCACUAAAGAAGCCAAAUGUAGAAGGGGGAAAAAAUGCUAUUUUCAAUCCUUCCCUUUCUCCCUUUGUUAAUAGUUUCAAGUGCUUUUUUUUUUUUUUACCUUAUCUUGAUGGAAAACGGAUAACUCCCAUAACAAAAGAAUCUACUGGGAAGUGGAGGUGAAAAAAAAAAAACACAAAACUGUAAUUGUAUUGAAAAUAAAUGCCAUUAAACUGUGAUCAGUUAAAAUAUUUAAAAGUAAUCAGCACAAAAGGGCGCUAAAAGGGAAAACACUUUUUAUUAAUCUUAAAAGAUCGGGGCUUUUUUUCUGGUUAGGUAUUAGGUAAAUUUUUAUUUAAAAAAUUAAAUCUCAAUACCAUAAAAUUAUGGUUCAGCAUCAGAUUAGCAUUGCACUUAGUAGCUAAGGUUUUAGGAAAUAUGCUUUAGAUUGUCUUUUCAAACACCAGUGAUUGUUUCAUUUUCAAUGUUUUUGCAAGAUAAAUGAUGACUUAUCAUGGGCAUAUUUACUUGCCUGUAUUUCAUUUCCCCCAAUGAAUGUCACAAGGAGAUGGGCAUGGAGCUGCUGGUGCCUCACACUGCUUGCUCCUGAGGUGUGGGGACUGGCCUUGAGUGAAGCAAUCCAGAGCAGGGCAAUAGCCAAGGGUAAAGGGAGGAAAUGAAUUUUCAGAUUCUUAUUACCAAGUGGGUAAGGUUAGAAGCUGGGGUUCAGGGGAUGUGUCUAUAGCUCCUCUAACUCUCAGAGGUUUACUAAGAUGAAAGCUACCACUGAACCUUCCCACUAUGUAUAUAUGUUUAAUAUCUGUCUUUUGAAAUGCAGAAAUAGUUUAAAUGUUUCUUUGUCUAUUUUUCUUUUUUUUUUAAUGCUACCCAGGGAAAUAUUUUCAUAUCAUUUUUAAGUGGCCUGCCUCAAUGUAUAUUUAUUUCUUUUAAAGCAAAAAGGUUCUGGAAACUGUUUUUCUGUAGCUUUAAAUGAGUAGGUGAGCAAAAUCUAUAUGGGAUGUAAUUUUUUUUGUUCAGUCUCUUUAAAAAUACUUUGUUUUGGUACAUUUGGUUGUGCUUGUGGGGAAAAUAAAAACGCAGAGAUCCUUAUA